UCUGUUAUCUGGAUUGACUGGGCUCUUAUCGUACUUCCGGUUGGCUAAUUGUGAACUGUAACAGUGCAGUCUACAUCGAACCAGUGUGAUGUGAAAAGAGAAAGUACGAAAGUCACUUUUCAGCAAGGUGAUCGAAUUUCCAACGAAAACAGAAUGCCGCUGGCUAACUGCAUUGUCAAAGUAUUUUAAAGAAAGUCCGCGAACCUCAAGAAGUAGAACGAAAGGAAUAUAUUGAAAGAGUAAUCUAUCCCUAUGAGUGAUCAUGGAGUACAGAACAUACCAUGGGGACAGCACCAACACAGCACUUUCUGUCGUGUUCAUUCUCUUGAUAGUCUUAGUGAACGGAGCUCUCGUGGCUCUACACGCCAGAAGGAAAGGCUUCUAUAAGAACAACAAGUCUAUGUUAAAAAUCUCCAUGGCAAUAGGAAAUCUUGUUUUGACCAUGUUCCCUUUGAUUGUCCUGGCCAAAUUCUACAACGAGGAUGAUUACCUCCCAUCCAUUUCGCUCCUACAGAAAGUCACUACCUGCAAUUUGGUGCUCCACUUCAUAAAUGUUCAUUGUCUGACUCUUCUAGGAGCAGACGUUUUAAUAAAGAAAGCAGUGCCUGAAGUGUUUAACAAACUGGCAUUAGCGUUGCUGACGUGUAGUUUACCUUGGAUCUUUAGCAUUUGCAUCGUUUUGCCUCUAGAUCUAGAUCUAGGUCAGGAUUUAUUUAUGAGCCGUUUUAUACUUGUAUCGGUCUUGUUUCCUAUCUUCGCACUAAACUCAUUAAUUAGUGAUGUUGUGUCUGUUACCAUGACGAAGGUAAUGUUAGGGAAUCGUCAACGUUUGCUGAUCAAUCUAAAUCCACCAGUUCUAUUUACGAACACAGGCCAAGAGGGACAGUUACGAGACUUAAACCAGCAGUCACUCAACGGUUCUCAAUGGAAUGUAUCAACAAAUCCAAAUUUCAGUAAUGUAGGUCUGGCUGAAAGUUUACCGAACAGUAACAAACGUGAUAUUAUACAUACAUCGCAGCAGACGUCAAAUCAACAUGAACACUCGAAUUCCUCGCCGAUGGAGCCUACAACUGAAACAAUACAAGUCAGUCACGCUAACCAACAGCCGAUGACCCCAUGGGCGCUCCCCGAUAUUUCAAACUCUACAACACUGGCGCCUGGAAUUGUAACUUCUUAAGGUCAUUACCAGCAAUCAAAUUUCCCCAUUAGUGUGGUCAUCUCCACUAACGUCGAGGGUUCGGCGCCCAGUUUAAGAAACGAAGUAAUAUAUCUGGUCUCCAGCUUUUUGCAUAUCGCAAUGGUCAUGCCAUAUUUAGUCAUUACUUUCGCCCAGAACGAGGAUGCUAUUUUUGACUGCGAGUUUAAUGUUUAUCAACUUUUUAUAUGGCUGCAAUUCACCAGAUCGAUACUCAUUCCCAUACUAUUGCUACCAACUUUGUGAAGCUUUGAUAUGGCGGCUAUUCACCGAUCGAUACUCAUUCCCAUACUAUUGCUACCAACUUUGUGAAGCUUUUCUAUGGCUGCAAUUCACCAGAUCGAUACUCAUUCCCAUACUAUUGCUACCAACUUUGUGAAGCUUUGAAAUGGCUGCAAUUCACCAGAUCGAUACUCAUUCCCAUACUAUUGCUACCAACUUUGUGAAGCUUUUAUAUGGCUGCAAUUCACCAGAUCGAUACUCAUUCCCAUACUAUUGCUACCAACUUUGUGAAGCUUUGAUAUGACCGCAAUUCACCAGAUCGAUACUCAUUCCCAUACUAUUGCUACCAAUUUUGUGAAGCUUUGAUAUGGCGGCUAUUCGCCAGAUCGAUACUCAUUCACAUACUAUUGCUACCGACUUUGUGAAGCUUUUCUAUGGCGGCUAUUCGAUUCGCCAGAUUGAUACUUAUUCACAUCCUAUUGCUACCGACUUUGUGAAGCUUCUAUAUGGCGGCUAUUCGCCAGAUCAGUACUUAUUCCGAACAUAUUGUUAUCGAUUACGUAUUUAGAGAACAGAAGACUCAAAGCGGUUUUUUUUUUCUAGAGUCAUUGUUUCAAUUCGAAGAUUCAUCCCUAUACUUUUUGAAAAUAAAGACCCAUAAAAACCAA